AUGGCGACCGUACCUCCCGGACGUUGGGGCAAGCCUUCCAAUCUCAUAAAGAAAGGCACCACUAUGACAAAAUCCCACCGGUUCGAAUCUUUCUCCCAGCGCAUCGUCAAAUUAAAAAUUGAUCCCAUCCAUCGUGUGCGCCGCAACAGCAUUGGCGAUGACAGUGAUACCGAAUCGGAUUCGUACUUUAGGGCGUCCCUGGAGUACUGGAUGGAACUCAAUCUAUCCGAGAAUUUUACUCAGUUUUCCCAGCGUGUAAAUCGGCUCAGUGAGAGUUUACCACAGAUUCUACAUCAUGAGGAUCGAAUAAUGGGAUUAUUGGCCGAGUACAUAGGGAAAAGGGAUGAAUUGAGCCUGGAACCUCUUCUCAGCCUGGUAGCUCAAUUUAGUCGGGACUUGGGUCAGCGAUUUGAAAGACAUUUCGCGUCAGCUGUCACAUUAAUAGCAUCCGUCGCUGCCACACAUCCAAAUAUCGAGGUGAUAGAAUGGAGUUUUACAUGUCUGGCUUGGAUUUUCAAAUUUCUAUCCCGACUCCUCGUUCCAGACUUACGGCAAUUUUUGGGAAUAAUGUCUCCGUACCUUGGAAAAGAACGCCAAAAGCACUUCGUGACAAGAUUUGCGGCGGAGUCCAUGUCAUUCCUCAUACGGAAGGCCGCCCUUGUUUACUACAAAAAUAAGUCACCUCUUGAAAAAGCUGUUACAUAUCUUUUUGAGGAUCUCGCCAAUACAGAUGGACCACGCCAGAUUUUAAUGUAUCAACAGGGCCUCAUGUCAAUGUUUGCGGAUGCAAUCAAGGGAGUGAAUAGUGCCAUUCAUUCAAAUGGAGCAGACAUCUUACGAUGCCUCAUCAAUGCUUCUGCUGUGCAAAAUGCAACCCAAAGCGCCCUCACAGAGCAGGUUCUUAACGGGAUUGUCAUUAAUUUGGUUCAUCACACAUCUACCGACACUUUUGGCUCAGUUUUUGAUGUGAUCUGUGACCAUGUCGAACAUGCUAAGCCCAAUGGCAACGUUGCAGUGACAAAACUAGAUAUCCGCUUAGUUUUUGUUAGUGUAACUGCACGUAAAGGUUCUAGAAUUAAAAACUGGAAGAGGGUACAUCAAAGCCUCAUCACGCUUCUGGGUCGCGUCAUUGAAUUGCCCAAUACCCCUGUCUAUUCGAUCCAACUGCUAUUAGCCACAGUGGCGGCUGCGGUGCAGACGUCCCCUAUGAAUGAGUUGUUGUCAUUUAUGCGCCCUCUCAUGGAAUCCAUUAGUAAUGAGAAAUUGAGCGAGUACUUCUUGCCAUUCUGCUCGUUAUUCUCCGCAUUCGGAACCGAGCGAUUUCAAACUGUUGUCCUCCCAUACUUUCAGCGGUUCAUCACUUCUCUCUGGAAAGACUACGAAUCUGGUCUUUGCCUGAUAUUACCGAAACUUCAGGCUGCUCGUUGCAUCACAUCUGAACCUAAUAAGCUUGGAUCGGUAGUGUGCCCCAACAAAUGGAAAGAUGCAAUUAUGGAAAGAUUCAUCAAACCAGAUCUCACAGACCAAGAUGUCGCUUUUCUACAUUCAUAUACAAAACUACACGAUGCCAUAUUACUUUCCUCCGAACCUUCAAUUCUUCCACAACUUGUCCAGCACCUCCAUAUUCAACUGAAGGCUGCGAUGGCACCCUCUACCAACCUCCGCGAGAGCCAAAUUACCUUCACCCGAGGCCAAGGAUUUUUAGCAUAUGUCCGUCUUGCUAUCAAAUUAGGCUCACUUGAUCCACGUCUUUGGAAUAAGGUGAUGUUGAAUGGUCCUGAGUGCUCACAUUGUCCGGUUUUCCUCGAAGCAACAUUGGCUUAUAUAUCUGCUUGUCCCAAAAAUGAUCAGGUAUCAGACGAGGGCCUCGAACCAUUUGCCACCGCUCUUAUCGGAAAUCUUUCUGGCCCAUCACAUAAAGUCAGAUUACUCUCCCUCAAGAUUCUACAAACUUUGCUCUCCAGGAUGAACGACAGCGAUAAUACAUACAUAGCGAUAGCGAUUGAAGUUGAACAAAGCGAACUGAGUCUCCAAACGUCAAGGUAUCUAUCGAUGCAAAUCCGCAAGCUUGCUAUCGGUUAUGCGGCAGCGUCAACCCAAAAGUGGCUAGAUCGAAUUAUUCCAAAUUUCUGCUUUGGUCUGCUAUCGAAAAGGCUGGCAUCACUAUGGGAUGAUGCGUGUGAUGCGAUCAAAGCAAUUUGUGAGGUUCAAAAUGGAGAGGCCAUAGUUGCAGAGCUUGCUAUUCGCGGAUUGCGAGAACUCAGUCCCCUUGACAUGAAAAUGGGUGCGCCUGAAGCAGAAUCAGAAGGACCAACCGCUACGUCUGAAUUUGAGUGCUUUAAUGUUUCAAAUAUCGAAAACACCGUGUCGACCUCUUUUAUUGAUGCCCAAAAUUCUGAUCUUUUACUUAUAGAAGACUUUAAGUCUGCUCAUUCAACAUCAGCACAAAGUUUUACCUCCCCGCGAACACAGGCUCUUAAAGUCCUGGGAGCUGUGCCUCAAGUGGCAGAAAAACGAUCCCGGCAAUUCGUUCCCUUAUUCCUAUCAUGGGCAACUCAUGACGAGGAUAUUUCUACUAUCAUCGAAUCAAAUACUUCUGGCCAGCGGCCCGCAGAUGAUAGUCCCUCUUCCCCGUGGAAUAUACGGGACCGGAAAGCCAUGCUCAACAUAUUUGGGCAGUUCAUUAACCCGAGAGUCUUGUACAAAUCGUCUGAGGUACAUGAAGCUUUGCUUGAGCUUCUGUGUAAUGGAGACACGGAAAUUCAAAAAUCCGCCUUAAAAGCUCUCUUUACCUGGAAGUCACCCUCCAUUCAACCUUACGAGACCAACAUAAUGAACAUUGUGGAUGACGCAAGAUUCAGAGAUGAACUGUCAGUAUUCGUAAAUGCUGGCCAGGAGGACAGUACGAUUAAGGAAGAUCACCGUCCUGAUAUUUUCCCUUUAUGGUCGCUCGCGGAGCGCUCCAGGGGCGGACAGGGAACACAAGAGGGGCGCAGAAAAACAAUUUUAAGGAUAAUAUCUCAACUCUCCGAAAAUGACUUCGGCCACUUCGUUAAAAUAUCAUUUGGUCCGCUGGGCGAUGUUCGUGUUCUCGAAUCCGACUCUAAGCAGCGCCAAUAUCUCAAUCAAGAGAUAAUGGGCGUCAGAAAGCAAUAUGGUCUACUAAAAAUGGUGGAAACUAUGUUCAAAACCCUGAAAACAAAAAUGUUUCCCUAUGUCGACCUCUCCAUGAAUGUGAUCUUAUACUGCCUCAUUCGAGCAUGUAGGCAGUUGGUGGACAGCAACUCAGAAGACAACCAGACAUCUCUCAUCCGCAACAUUCGCCAGUCAGGUACUCAUUGUCUCGAUUUGGUAUUCACAGUUUCUUCUGACUCCGAUUGGAAUCCAUAUAUGCCUUUAAUUUUUAGUGAGAUUAUCAGCCCAAGAUUGGAAAAUUUCGCUGUGGAAACAGCGCAAGGCGUGUCAGCCCUGCUACGUCUCUUCCGUACUUGGGCAUCCUAUCCCAAAUCAGCAAUUUACUUUCUCCACGGUGACCAACCCAUAAUUCAACGAAUAGUUGAUUGUGUGGGUGUGGAAUCUGCCCGCGAGGACGUUAAAAUAUUUGUUCUGUGCGAGAUCCUAAAUGGGCUUAUUAAUGUCGCAAAUGGACAGUCAAAAGACCCGGAGAAUUUGCCAGACGCUUCAACAACAGAUAUAGUCCGGUCAAAGGUUUUAGGACCUCAUGUCGAAUACAUGUUAACUCACCUCGAGUCUCUACUCAGAAAACAAUCAAGUCGCCAAUUGAAGAUGGCUGCAAUCGACACGCUAUCAAACCUUGCUCCGUUCGUUCAAUCCUCACAGGAAACCACCAAGCUAAUUAGUACGGCUUCAUUCCUUCUUAAUGAACCCGCAGAUCGAGUUCCUCCAAAAGCUAAAAGUGGGCUCCUGCGUGUCAUGCAGCAUUUCCUACCGCUUUAUGACCCGCGAGAUAACGAAGAUCUCAACAACCGUAUCUUUGAGGUUAUCUCCUCACUAUUCGAUUACUUCAAAGAUAAUCCAAACCGCGAAGUGGCCUCCUCCGUAUUAUUUGCGUUCGCAGACCACGAGACUGAUAUUAAGGAUGUUGCCUUACUUUGUGCGGAUCUCAAUUCUAUUUCUAGCAAAAAACUUGACGAGUUAGAUUUUGACAGGAGGCUUAAGGCAUUUAAUAUUAUCAAUGAGCAAAAGUACAAGGAGUUCACGGCCAGACAAUGGCGCCCAUUAUUGUUCAACCUUCUUUAUCAUGUGAAAGAUCAGGAGGAACUUGCAAUUAGAUCCAGUUCGUCAUUCGGGAUAAAGAGAUUUGUGGAAAGCAUAGUUUCAAAGUUAGACAGCGAUAAUGGGGGUUACUUAAAUUUGGUCGACGGAGUUUUGCUUCCAUCGUUACGCAACGGGGCUAAAUACCCUGUUGAGACGGUCCGGGCAGAAUUCGUUUCCAUCAUGGGCUAUUUCAUAACACGCCACCCGGAACAUCCGACCGUUUGUGACAUGGUUGAUCUAUUAGCCAACGGAGAUGAGGAGGCAUCUUUCUUCAAUAACAUCCUCCAUAUCCAACAACAUCGCCGUCUUCGUGCAUUGCGGCGUCUGGCAAACGAUGCUAGGAAUCGGAAAAUUGGGUCAUCAAAUAUCAGCUCUUUUUUGCUUCCUCUCAUUGAACACUUUGUGUUUGAUCAGGCGGAAGAUGAAAGUGCGCAUAACCUGGCUGCAGAGACAGUUGCAACUAUUGGAGUGCUCUCUGAAGGGCUAGAAUGGAGUCAGUUCAGAGCGAUAUUUCGAAGAUACAAGGGAUACUUGCAGAGUCUCCCAAGGAUGGAGAAGAAUGUCAUACGACUGCUUGGCCAACUGACUGAUGGCUUGUCGCGAGCAAUGGAUACCACGAAAGAGCACUCGGUUGCUGAAGAUGGGCAAAUGGAAGCCGUUGAGCCAGAGUCCGCAGUUCAAGCCUCCCUUUCCAGAACCUUACCUACAGAAACUCGCAUCGGGACGGAGCUGAAAACCAACUUUAUCCCCUUCCUGUCGGAGUUCGUUCACCAAAAGGAUGAAUCGGAAGUCCAUCUCCGCGUACCUGCCGCAGUGAUCGUGGUUAAGCUACUUAAACUUCUGCCUGAGGAAGAUAUGGCACUUUUCCUCCCCUCAGUGCUCCUGGACCUAGCUAAUAUCCUUCGAAGCCGGUCACAGGAUGCUAGAGAUAUGGCUAGGAAAACCCUCGCUGAUAUUGCGCUUAUUCUUGGGCCAUCCUACUUUGAAUAUAUUCUCAAGGAAUUGCGGAGCACAUUAACAAGAGGAUACCAGCUUCAUGUGUUAUCCUUCACGGUCCAUUCCAUUCUAGUGACAACUAGCGAUCACUUCAAGCCCGGUGAGCUGGAUCAGAACCUUGACGCACUUGUAGCCGUGAUAAUGGACGAUAUUUUUGGAGCCGUUGGCCAAGAGAAAGACGCUGAAGAAUAUGUGAGCAAAAUGAAGGAGGUGAAAAGCAGCAAAAGCUAUGAUUCUAUGGAACUCCUUGCGAAGAUUUCGACGAUUCGACAUUUAUCAGCUCUUAUCAAUCCAGUUCAAGCUCUAUUGCGGGAAAAACUUACGACAACAAUUAUCAAAAAGGUCGAUGAAUUGCUCAGAAGAAUUGGAGUCGGUUUGCUACGAAACCCAGGCGCUGAAAGCCGUGAACUCUUAGUGUUAUGCUACGAAGUGAUAAAAGUAUCCUAUAAAACCGAGCCCCAGAAACCUGAAGCUGAUAAGCGGGGGGACAGAGCUCGUUUCAUAGUCAAUUUGCUCAAUCCUAGAAACCGGUUGAACCGAGGAAGCACCUCGUCAUAUACCUACAAGCUGUCUCGGUUUGGACUCGAUGUUCUCCGCAGUGUCUUGAAUAAAUACAAUUCCCUCAUGACUGCUGCCAACCUUGCCGGAUUCCUCCCCAUCAUUGGGGAUGCAUUGCUGCAAAGCUACGAGGAAAUCAAGUUGUCCGCCAUUAGGCUCCUGUCCACAAUCAUCAAAACCCCACUCUCAGAGCUUGAUAAAAACUCCGACGUGUAUCUCGUAGAAGCUAUCAAGAUGAUCAAAGACGCUCCAAGCACAAAUACCGAAGCUGCUCAAGCCGCACUAAAACUUAUCUCCUCGAUCAUACGCGAACGGCGAACCACGAAGCUCAAAGACUCACACCUAGGCUAUUUAUUGAAGAGGAUAGCUGCUGAUAUCGAGGAGCCUGACCGCCAGGGUGUUGCCUUUAACUUCAUUCGAGCGGUCAUGUCUCGCAAAUUUAUUAUCCCAGAAAUGUAUGAGCUUGUAGACAAUGUUGCUGCGAUGAUGGUAACAAACCAUACGCGGAGCGCCCGUGAUCUCGCUAGGGGUGUCUUUAUACAUUUCAUGAUUGAAUACCCUCAGGCUAAAAGCAGGUGGGCAAAGCAGCUUGGAUUUCUCGCAAAAAACCUUGACUAUCAGCAUAAAGAAGGCCGUCAGUCAGUAAUGGAAGCAAUUCACCUUCUGCUCUCUAAGUCCAAUGGUGAUCCUGCGCAGGAUAUUGUUGGCACACUGUUUGUGCCUGUGGUAAUGGUUAUGUCUAAUGAUGAUGCUGUCGAGUGUCGGGAGAUGGCAGGUGUGCUCCUGGGCAAUCUCUACAGUCGUGCUGAUUCCAAGCAUCUGACGUCUAUGCUCAACCCUGUUCGAUCCUGGCUCGAACAAACACAAAAUCCAUUACUCACGAUCACUGGAUUACAAGCAAUACGGAUUUUCUUUGAAUCUGAACAAAACAACAAGGAAAAAGAAGUGCGCUUUGUUACGGGACUACUACCUAGUAUCAUCGCUCCCGCCGUGGAAAAGAGAGAUGCAGAAGAAUGGGAAGUUCUCUAUCACUCUCUACAACUCUUCACUAAGCUAUGUCAACUCUUUCCAGCCAUUGCGUUGACCGCGGAUUGCGCGAAUAUCUGGUCUCAUAUCUGCGAAAGCCUCUUCUACCCACAUGCUUGGAUAAAAUCUUGCGCGGCUAAUUUGAUCGGAAUUUGGUUUGCUGACGAAGCGAAGGGAAACUUCCCCAAUAGUUAUGGUUCUGUUCCUGUCGUAGGGGCUUCUGGCCUCAAGCUGGAGGGUUACACGAUGUUAGAUAUUACCAGAGCCAGUUUGCUAUGUCUGAAAGCAGCUACUAUCUCUGAAGACCUAGCAACCCAGACUAUCCGAAACCUAGUAUUCCUUGGACGUUGCUUCGGACAAAAUAAUCUGAAGUUCUCACAGAAGACAACAGAUAAUCUGGCAGGCGACGUUAGCGAAGAUAGCGAUGGCGAAAACAAUUUAGAAGCCGUUGUUGUCAACCACGCCAAGAAAAGCAAGCCAGCAAUUGAAUACGUCUUCGAACGCGUAGCUGCCAUCCUUCGACGGGAGCCUCAAACCACCCGAGCGGAAUCUUUAAUUAGUAAAACGGCUUGCAUGAAACUUAUCGCGGCUCUUUGUACCCAUCUUGAUAUAUCUCAAAUAACGCCAUCCCUACAGACAAUUCUCCUUCCACUACUUCACUUCACUGACCCAUCGAUCCCUGCACCCCGCUCCCUCGAUAUGCAGUUCCAAACCACCUAUAAGUCCCUCGUGGCCAGCAGCCAGGAGAUUCUUGAUAUGCUGCAGAAAAAAUUGGGUACGACUGACUUUGUGGUACAAAUAGCUGUUGCCCGUGAAAGCGUCAAGUCUAGGCGGGAGGGUAGAAGGGUGAAGAGGCGCAUCGAAGCUGUAGCUGAUCCUGAGAAGUUUGGUCGAGAAAAAAAACGGAAGAAUGACCGAAAACGGGAGAAGAGGAAGGAAAGGGGAACGGAAUAUCAAGAAAGGAGACGUGGCUGGUAA